GCCCUGCCUCGCUCGGCCCCGCCCCAGCUCCGCCCAGGCCAGACUAGGCUCCUCCCCUCGGCCCGCCGAGCGCCGGCCCCACUCCCAGCCAUGCCGUGGCCGCGAGCGGAGCUGUCCGGGCGGCUCCGGUACCGGGGCGGCUCCCGCGGGCCCUGCCUCAGCCUCCUGCACCUGAAACUCACCGACCCGGCGCUGCGGGCGCUGCGGGACUGUCAGCGGCUGCAGGGCUCAGCCCGGCCUGUCAUCGCCUUCCAAGGGAGCCAGGGGUACAUCAAGAUCCCCUGUGCCCUGGGCAGCCCUGGGGAAGGAGCUCGCCUCUUCACCUUCUACCUGUCCCGCUACAGCAAGGACAAGCCGCAGGCCAGCUUCGACUGCAUCCGGCAGUACGUCUCCAGGCUGGGUCAGAACCAGCUGGACUGCGUGGGCAGCAUCCAGGAGAAAAUCACCAUCUGUGCCUCCGAGGACUCGUACCAGCUGACACGGGAGCGUGUGUCCCAGGUGGAGAAGGAGGCGUGGAGCAGAGCUGCUAUCGAGAUCAAGCCAGCAGCCCAAGGCCAUGGUAAAUGUGUUUCCGUCCCAAAGAAGCUGGGCAUGAGCACCCCAUUGGGGAAGUGCCCCGCUGGGAGCCCUGCUCCAGCGGGCAGGAAAUGCAGCCCCAUGGGGACAGAUCGCAGGGUUCUUGUGAAAUGCCUAGUGCAGCUUCUGGCCCUGCGGCCCCACUGCAAACAUGAGCUCCUGGAGCGGCUGGACAGGGCGCAGAUCAGCCUGAAGGACAGGUCCCAGCUGCUGCCCAUGCUGGAGGAGGUGGGGCAGCUGAACCCCCGGGAGAGCAGCUACAGGCUGAAGGAGGAGCUCUUUGGACAAGUGCAGGAGGACUGGCUGGGCUACACGGCUGAGGAGCGGCAGGAAGUCAGGCAGCUCCUGCGCAGGAAACAGGCCCACGGAGCUGUGGCCAGGCCCUUCUUGGUGCCUCUGGAGUGCCCGUCUUGCCAAGGUGCCAGCAAAAGGCCCUUGGGUGUGAAGCGGCUGGCACUGCUGGAUGCCUCAGACCCACAAGGGCUGAAGAAACCCUGUGCCCCAGAGCAUCCCCCCAGCUCUCUGGGAUCCCACCGCAGACUGCAGGAGCCUGUCCUGGAGCAUCAGAGAGCCCAGAGCCAGCAGCAGCCGUGCCAGCUUCCCAGGCCCAGCGCGGAGCUGCAGAGCUCAGAGGAGGAGCCGAGCGAGGGGGAGGGAGGCGAUGACUGGGAAGAGGGAGCUCUGCGCCUGGAGCAGCACCUUUCUGCCCUGCAAGACAGCGGCUCCCAGGCAAGCCUCCCGGCCUCCUUCGCUGAGCUCCCAGAUUACUGCCGGAAAUACAGAGCCAUCUGCUCCGUGGAGCAGCAUCACGCCUACGUGGAGGCAUUCAGUGCAGAUUACGCAGAGUACCGGCGCCUCCACACCAGGAUCGGGCACGUGAGCAGGACAUUCAUCCAGCUGGGAGCUAAAAUCAAAAUGCUGCCACGGGGGACGCAGCAGCAUAAGGCAGUGGAAGACAGAAUCUUACAGGAAUACCGGAGGUUCAAGCAGACCUACCCCAGCUACAGGAAGGAGAAGAACCGCUGCGAGUAUCUUCACCAAAAGCUGUCCCACAUCAAGGGCCUCAUCCUAGAGUUUGAGAAGACAGGGGCUGCCUAGGGGAGCCUGCGGUGCUCUGAGCCUGCAGGAAGCGCUGCCUAUUCUCCUUUCCUUUUGCAGGGGGAGCAAGGGGUGGGGGUUAGUGAACUCUCCAGUAGUAGUAGUUGCAGUCCCCCAGCCUAGUGUCCUAUGCAGCCAUUUGACUGAUCUGGGGUGGGGUGGGGUGAGGGAGGGGUUCACAGGACAGAGCAUGUGGCUGCCACAAAGUACAGAGAGUGGGUGAUGGUCUUAGUGAAUUGUCCCCUGUGAGCUGCUGUCCUACCUGUACCAGCUCCCAAGGGGCACCCGGGGCUAGUGGUGCAGCUCCAGGUUAGGGGCAGCCUGUACCACAGAGCUCUGCCGGGGAAGGAAGGCUGCUCGGUCAGGGCAGGCUCCCUGGCUUCAGGCUUGUAACAGCCAGCUUGGGUCAUGCCGGCUCCAUGCAUUAGCCCAGCCUACGCUGCCUGCUGGAGAAGUAGGCUUUUGCUAUCAAGUGGGACCUGCCACCUCCUGUCACUGGCUCCCUCCCCCCAGGAGCUUAGAGCAUGGCAGACCCUUGCCCAGCAGGGGCAAUUUCAAUCGCUAGAGCCAAGGGCACCAUGCCCCUGGGGCUGAGUCUGUGCUGGGGUGUGAGGACUGACACCCAUGUGAGCAGUGUUCUGUAACAGGAGUUGAGGGGACAGGGAAGUGCCUCACAUUCCUUGGCUGUGCACCCCAUUGUUGGUGUAUUUCAACUAUCGAUCCCUGCUGCCAUCAGAACUGCCCUGGGAACCUGCUGGCAUUGCUACAUGGAACUGCAAGGUGCGGGGGGGAGAGAGAUGGUAAUGAUUGCAUAUGAAUGCAGGAGGAAAUGAGCAGGAGGGGUGGAGGCCCUGGAAGUUCUGCCUUGUUUCUGGUUUAUGGCCCUGGGUUCAACAGUUCAUUGUACAAUGUGGAGGCAUGUGUGGCUGUGCCCUUCAGCCCUCUCCUAGCACCUGCCUGAGCUCCUCCUGCUUUCAAAGUAAAUAGCCUGCCCCAGCCCAGCAGGAGAAACUGAUGUGUCAGGGCCAACUGUGGGGCUGCAAGUGAUGAAACCCUUUGCCUUAAUUACCAGCUGGCCUCAGUGGAAGGGAUGGAGCCCUCAUGUAUGGGCUCUGCUGCCUUGUCCAAGGAGUAUGUGUACAGCGCCAUGGGGCUGUGCUGAGGGUUCCUAGGUGCUCUCUGUAAUAAUACAGUAACUACUAAGCCACUUAGCUAAACUGCCCUGCUGCCAGGGAUGGGCCCAGGGUGGGUUAGCUGAAGGACAUGCCUAGCUUGAGCAAACAGGAGCAUUAAUAUGAAUGCUCUACUGGCCAGGUGGGUAACAGCUGUUCAUGUCAGUGUUCAUAUUAAUGCUCCGGUUUGCUCAAGCUAGGCAAAGCCAGUGUGGGAGGUGGGGAGACCUUGUAAAUGCUAUUGUGCAAGCUACUGUAUCUAGAGUGUGCCCCAGUAAUAAAGGUGUAGAUACCCAGCCAUGGUGUUUUGUAAAACACAAGUUACAGGGGAGGAGAAGCCCUGCUGGAGUGGUUUGAGUGCUGAGCCAGAACACAGCAGUACUCAGAUUUACCAACCCGCCCCUGCAGCUCUCUGCCUCCAUGACUAGGAACCCACUCAUCUCAUUCCUGCUGCCCAGCACAGUGGCUCCUACCUGCACCAAGGUAAAUACAGAAGGCCAUCUGUUCAUGGCAGUUCAAACACCUGUGCACAAAACCUUGGCAGGGAUGUAGGCUUGGAGCAGCCAGCCAGCAGGAGACAGGAGAGCAGGCUACAGUCAAAGGCUAGCUCCUUAGCAGCAGGGUUAGGAGCCCUGUGGCCAGCAGAGCUGUGCCUUAAGGAGGCCCUUGUGUGAGAAGUAAGAGGCACCUAGAGGCUGGCUCAGCUGCAAUCUCAGCUCUGGCCUGCCCACAAGGGAGCUGAGCACCAAGCAAAGUGCCCUACCCUUCUAUCUGGCUGGGGGAUGCUUUCAUGGCUGGUCCUAGCCUCUUGUGGCACAGCAGGGUUUGCUCACACCAUUGCCACAGCUCUGGCUACUUGCCAGGGACAGGUGCUGUGCCUGCCAGGCCCAGCACCAAGUGAAACCCACUUAAUGUUCAGCACAGCUUGAGCUGCUCCCAUGCAAAGCCCAGACUCAAGCCCUGGAGAUGGCUGCAGGAACACCAGGAGCAGCCUACAGCUACGUCAGGUAGUGCAGAAUGCUAUCAGGUCACCUGCAGCCCUGGGCUCUAGCAGACCAGGCCUAGACCUCAGGCAGACUUCUUGCCACUUCACCACUGCCAUCUGGGGCAUUCACAAUGGCAGCUGUGCCCUGCCCCAGAGGCUGUGUUCUGUACACAAAGGGGUGAAGGUCUCAUCUGCACCUCCUGCCCCUAAGCACCAUGCAGUCCUACCCACUUCCUCCUGCACACCCACAGGCCCCAUUCUAGGCCAAGUUCCCACAGAAGCACAGCAGUGGCCAGUUCCCCACCAGCCCUCUUGUACUGGACCUCAUGGACCACAGGAUGGAGUGCAAAGUCAGGUGGGAUUUGUUCCCCAUGCAGUCCCACAGCUGUCAGGAAACAGCCAGGCAAAGCUUUCAGCUGGGAGCAGGGCAGCACACCAUAAGCCAUGGUCUCCUAG